AUGGCAGAGGAGCCGGCGGAGGAGCACGAACUGGAUGCACUCAACGAAACAUCCGCGACGAUGCCGCCCGAGGAUGCCGCCGACGUCGCGCGGCACGAUGAGCAGCUGCACAAGCGCACGCUGCGGAAGCUCGAUUUCCUGCUGCUGCCGUUCCUCGCCCUGCUUUUCCUGUUCAACAGUCUUGACAAGUCAAAUAUAGGCAAUGCUGAAUCCGCACACUUCACGACCGAUAUAGGCCUCCGCCGGUCCGACCUGAAUACCGCCGUAGCCCUCUUCUUCGCCUUCUUUGUCGCCCUGCAACCCGCCGGUGCUGCCCUGGGAAGGAAAUAUGGUAUGGUCGCAUGGGUGCCCACCUGUAUGCUGCUGUGGGGAAUCUCUACGGCGCUGCAUACCUGGGUGAGGGCGCGGUGGCAGCUCUAUGUCCUAAGGAUAAUUAUUGGUUGCUUGGAGGCCGGUUUCUACCCCGUUACUGUCUCCUACCUCUCUCUCUUUUAUACGCGCUUCGAAUUCGGACGGCGGCUGUCUCUAUUCUACGGCCAGGCUGCUGUGGGCGGCGCUUUGGGCGGCAUCAUAAGCUACCUGGUCUUCUCUCACUUCCCAGAUAUACACCACGAACACGGCGAUGAAGGAGACCCGGAGUUAAAUGAUAGGUGGCAGAGCUGGCAGGUCCUAUUUUUGCUGGAAGGCAGCUUGACCAUGGUCGUUGCCGUCGUAGGCUACCUCUGGCUACCCCAUAACGCAGAAACAGCAUGGUUCCUGACGCCUGAGGAGAGGGCAUACGCCACAUCUCGCGUCGUUCGCGAUCGUAUGGCACAGUCCGAUUCACCUUCGCUGCCUUCAGAAGUUGUGGACGAAGAAAGAGAGUACGAUGAAGAAUCCCGCGGCCUCUUGGCUUCGUCGCGACCGAGAGCCAUGUCCGCGUCGAAUCAAGUGACGGAUGACCGCGGUCUGACGCCGCACGACGUCGUGUCUGCUUUCCUCAACGUCAGAAUAUGGCACAUCCUCGCCAUCAACAUCCUAGCUGCCAUUCCCGUCUACGCCUUCCAAGUCUUUCUCCCGCUCGUUCUCGCGCCGCUUAUACCCAACCCUGACUCCACAAAUCCGGAUGCGGAUCCGGCCCUCGUCAACCUUUUCACCGCCCCGCCGUACAUAUUUGGCGCCAUUAUCCUCUACCUCUUCGCCUCCUACAGUGACCACCACCGCACGCGCAUCCUUCCCAUUCUUUGUGGCCUAGCAAUCAUGGUACUCGGCCUCAUCUUAGUGGUCGCAUUGCCCAUGACGGCUGCGUGGGCAAUUCCUCGAUACGUUGCGCUUAAUGUUCUCCUUUCCGGAACUUUCAUUGCAAGUCCGCUCACCGUGGCGUGGAUCUCAGGCAACACGCCGAGUCCUGGAAAACGAGCACUGUUGCUGGGAAUCAACGGGUGGGGAAACCUAGCCGGCGUCUUAUCCGCUAUGCUGUUCAAGCCAAAAUACGAGGCCUCUGGGUACAUAGUACCUUUCUGGUGGACUCUCGCGUGCGUCUCCGCGGCCGCAGUCGGAUACCUUGUUCUCUGGCGUAACCUCAAAGCCGAGAAUGCAAGGAGGAGAGAGAUACUGAGCAAAUGGGACGAAGAGGAAAUCGAAAGGGAGAAAGCGGACGGCCACGGGCCGCUGGAGCAGAACCAUCGUCUUGAAAAGAUAAUGAUUCAGUGGCUCAGAAAAACCGGGAGAUUUCCUGCAGCUGUGGAAUGGCUCGAGGAGGCCGCGCAGGGCGGGAGGGAAGGUGAGGAGAAGAUCACAUUCGUGUAUGGCCUAUGA